UAUUAAAAGAGAAGAACAACAAAGCAAGAGAGAGAGAAAGAGAGAGAUAGGGUUUUUUGAGGUGUGUGUAUUUGUAUAUUUAUAUAAAUAUAUAAGUGUGGCUUCUUGUUCUUCAUCCUCUAAUAUUAUCAUCAUCAUCUACUUGGUUUCUUUCUCUGUCUCUGAGUUUUAGCUUUUUUAUUGACCUUUUUCUUCUUGGUUUCUUUCUCUGAAUCUCAAGACUAAAAGGGUACAAUAAAAAACAACUUAUACUAUGUCUUCUUUCUAAAACUUACAAAUUAAAUCCAACUCUUUGGAUUUAUAUUUGUUCUCUUUGUUCUCGGAAAUGUCUUCUAGUGAAUUUUUUUUUUUUCAUGUCGUCAAUCUCUAUGGAUUCUUCCUGUUCUUCUAAUUCCCCGCUUUCGUUUUCUUCUGAAUCAUAUUUGAUCUUUAUCUUCUCUCUCAUUUUUUUAAUUAUUUUUCUUUAUGGAUCUUUGUAGCUUUAGCAAAAUCCGACCAGCUGAGAAGAUGUCUUCAUCGUACAACACAAUUGCUUCAUCCUCCGCUCAGACCUUCCUCCUCUCAGGUGCCGCUUCCGGAGCCAGACCAAACAACUUUAACCGUGAAGAGGCUGCGAGGACCAUGAUUCAACAACCCAACUCCUCCGUUACUCCACCACCCAAGAAGCGUAGGAACCAACCCGGAAACCCAAAUCCAGAUGCUGAAGUGAUAGCGUUAUCUCCAAAGACGAUAAUGGCGACGAACAGAUUCCUAUGUGAAGUGUGCAACAAAGGGUUCCAAAGGGAACAGAAUCUGCAGCUUCACAGGAGGGGACACAACCUUCCAUGGAAGCUGAAACAAAAGUCCAACAAAGAAGUGAGGAGGAAGGUGUACCUUUGCCCGGAGGCCUCGUGCGUCCACCAUGACCCGGCACGUGCUCUCGGAGACCUCACCGGAAUCAAGAAGCAUUACUAUCGGAAGCACGGUGAGAAGAAGUGGAAGUGCGACAAAUGCUCUAAGCGUUACGCUGUUCAAUCUGAUUGGAAAGCUCACUCUAAGACCUGUGGUACCAAAGAGUAUCGAUGUGACUGUGGUACCAUCUUCUCUAGGAGAGACAGUUACAUUACGCACCGGGCAUUCUGUGAUGCACUAAUACAGGAGUCAGCAAGAAACCCUACCGUGAGCUUCACGGCAAUGGCACCUGCUGCUGGUGGCGGCACCAGAAAUGGCUUUUACGGCGGAGCUUCUGCUGCUCUCUCUCACAACCAUUUCGGCAACAAUUCAAACUCCGGUUUUACCCCUCUAGCUGCAGGUUACAAUCUGAACCGUUCAUCUUCCGACAAGUUCGAAGACUUCGUUCCUCAGUCCACAAACCCUAAUCCCGGUCCGACCAACUUCCUCAUGCAAUGCUCUCCGAACCAAGGACUGUUAGCCCAGAACAAUCAGAGUCUCAUGAACCAGCACGGUCUGAUCAGCCUCGGUGAUAACACCAACCACAACUUGUUCAACAUCGGAUACUUUCAAGACACCAAGAACUCUGAUCAGAUAGGUGUUCCUUCUCUUUUCACCAAUGGUGCUGAUAACAACGACCCAUCUGCUUUCCUUAGAGGGUUAACUUCUUCAUCUUCUCCAACUGUGGUCGUUAAUGACUUUGGAGAUAGUGAUAAUGGAAACCUUCAAGGUCUGAUGAACUCUCUAGCUGCGACAACAGAUCAACAAGGCCGGCCCACUAGCCUUCUCGACCUUCAUUUCGGAAACAAUCUUAGCAUGGGAGGUGCGGAUAGGUUGACUUUGGACUUUCUUGGUGUUAAUGGAGGAAUUGUGAGCACCGUCAAUGGUCGUGGUGGUCGUAGUGGUGGACCUCCUCUGGACGCUGAGAUGAAGUUUUCACACCCAACUCAUCCAUUUGGCAAAGCUUGAGAUGAUCGUCUAUCUAUCUCCAAAUCAUCAUCGUCUAGAUAUGCUAUUAAGUUCCUUGGAGAUUUUUAUUUUAAAUUUUAAGCUUUCUUUCGUUUGCUGUUUUCGAUCAUUAAGGGUAAGGAUUUAGCUUUGGGAUCUCUCAUUAUAGGUUUCUUAAGCUUUUUUUUUUUUUUUUAUAAUGUCAUGGUGGAAGGCUCGAACUGGAGUUUUUCCUUAAUAAUAUAAAUCUCUAAUUAUAUAUUUCA